ACAUUUUAUUGCUGAUUAACUUCACGAAGAAAACAUUACCAUAAAUACAUAUCACAUUUUUUGAUUCACGAAAUCUUUAAGAUAAAUAAAAGUUGUUCAAAACCCAAACUGUUCUCCUCAAAAUAAUUGUGGGUUUUUCCUCAAAAGCAGUUUUAAGAAUGCAAGUUGUUUUUAGAGUUUAAUUAUCUUGUCGCAAUGAAUUUUGAAGACUAUAAACGAAGGGGAACAACUUCUCGUAGAAAACCAAACGAGUGUAUGAGGGCUAUCGUAACGAUAGUAGUUGGUAUUGUUUUGGGCUUCUUCAUUGGAGUAUCAUUUCCUGCCUUUUCACCGCCAAAGAUCAAACUCGUACCUUCAAUUGAUACAUACCUUGGUGACAAAAAUUCGGGCCGCUCUACACAAACCAUCUUAAAUGUGAUUUCUGUGGCGAGAGACAAUGUUUCAACCAAAGCUAAAAUGCUGGAUGAUCCACUGGAGAUUUUUGUGUCAACUAACCCUCGCGGUGCAGAAAGACUACCUCCAGCUAUUGUUGCUUCUGAAUCAGACUUCUAUCUCCGCAGACUAUACGGAAAACCUAGUGAGGAUCUAACAUUCAAACCAAAGUAUCUUGUAACUUUCACUGUUGGUUAUAAUCAGAAAGAUAACAUUGAUCAAGCAGUCAAAAAGUUUUCAGGCAACUUUACAAUCAUGUUGUUCCAUUAUGAUGGCCAAACAACUGAAUGGGAUGAGUUUGAGUGGUCAAAAAAAGCCAUUCACAUAAGUGUUCCGAAGCAAACAAAAUGGUGGUACGCAAAAAGAUUUCUGCACCCCGACAUUGUUGCGCCAUAUGAUUACAUAUUCAUCUGGGAUGAAGAUUUGGGAGUUGAGAAUUUUGACUCUGAAGAAUACAUAAAACUUGUAAAGAAGCACAAACUGGAUAUAUCGCAGCCUGGUCUGGAUCCUGAAAGUAAGGGCUUGACAUGGCAGAUGACCAGACGGCGGGAAGAUCUUGAAGUUCACAAGGAAACUGAGGAGAAACCAGGAUGGUGCAAGGAUGCACAUUUGCCUCCAUGUGCAGCAUUUGUGGAGAUUAUGGCUCCUGUAUUCUCUCGAGAGGCUUGGCGUUGUGUGUGGCAUUUAAUUCAGAAUGAUUUGGUUCAUGGAUGGGGUCUUGACUUUGCACUCCGAAAAUGUAUUGAGCCUGCUUACGAAAGGAUUGGAGUAGUUGAUGCACAAUGGAUUGUUCAUCAGGGUGUGCCCUCACUUGGAAACCAGGGCAGCGAAGAAAAUGGGAAGGCGCCAUGGGAAGGGGUUAGGGAAAGGUGCAAAAGCGAGUGGAAGAUGUUUCAAGAGCGUGUAUCAAAUGCAGAAAAAGAUUACUACAAGUCGAUUGGUGUUGUAUCUACGGAUCAUGAAGCAAAUUGGGUGACAGUCGACAGAAUUCAGUAGUGUUUUAGUAUCACUGAUAUGUUUAGUUAUAGAUUACAUGGUAUAUGAUGUUAGGGGCACAUCUUUAUUAGGUACUAAUACUCGAGUAGUAUUACUGAGAAAAUGUUUAACGUUCUCAAAGGUUAAAAAGCGUAUCAUGCUGAAUUGUGUCUGCUUCUGCUGGAGAUGUUCUUUGCCUAGCUGCUACGUUGGGUUGGGUUUAAGGGUUCAUUUUCAAUGAUACCGGUUUUUGCCGAACCAUGUAAGCAAAUCAUCUUAUAUACAUCAUUUAUUUUAUUUCA